AUGGAGGUUGAUAGCGAUAACGGUCCUCUCGGCUUGUUCGCCUCAGGUGCGACAGUUGAAAAGGACGCAUGGCCUGCGGUGCGCAACGACAUCAUUACCAGACUCGACCAUAUUGCUCACAACGAAUUCCCGAUGCCCAACCUACCACCUCCACCACCAGCUCCUCAGCCUUCCAUCGAAGCGCGCGCAUCUGCACCGCCCUCAUCGCCGCAAGCCGGUUCUUCUCAAGAAACGAACAAGGAGACUUCCACCACCGAGUCUCUUCCCGCCACACAAACUAUCGAUGGAGCCCUACCCAAGCAGCUGGCAGACAUGCUGAUCGACAUCACAAAACACCUUGAGACCUUCGAGACCCAUCCUCCCCACACGAUCCAACGACUUGCCGAGCUGAUCCUACGACCAAAUGCGCACUACAGAGCGAUCGCACCUUAUCUACAUGCCGUGGACCGUGUAGUGCAGGUCACAUCCAGUAUCGACACAUAUCCACUACCGCCACCAAUUCCCGACAUGUCUUCUAUGCAUUUGAACGGGGAAGAUGCUAAGGAUCCAGCAACGUCAGUCGCAUGGAGUAACCCUACAACGGCGGCAUUGGGCACGGAUGAAGCACUUGGAGGAGCCCUGUUGACGCCAAUUCCCUGGUUGACGAGGCGGAGCCCCGAGGAGUCACAGGACACACCUGGUGCGCAAAUCCACAGUGAAAGCACAGAGACCAUUGAAGGACCCAAUGGUGUGGGUAGUAUUGAGACAGUUUCGGUCAGUGUCAACGGCAUUCCAUCUACAGGGCAUGCAAGAGGAGUUACUCAAGGUGAACUAUUGCGACAGGAACAACGAGCAGGCGUGGUACCUGUAAGUCAACUAUCACGGGCCCAGGAAGCUGCUCACGAAGAGGGGCGCAUGGCAAUGGAGGAGGAAGACGAAGAAGAGCUGCAUGACGAAGAAGAGGAGACACCUCACGCUCGAGGACCUGAGGAAAUUGGCAUGAGCGACACUGGUCCCCAAUCUGUCACAACGAGUUUUAUGCCAGAAGGUGGAAUGGGAAUGCAAGGGAUCGAUGUGGAAGCGGCAGUUGGUCGGAAACAUGACGAUGAGGAAGAAGUCAAGCCCGAUGUGGACGCCGAUGAAGGUGCUGAUGUUGAGAGCGAAGCCAAGAGCCCCGGCGCAGAGAGCGUGGGCACUAAACGAGAGGCAGACCUCGACCUCGAAGCCAAUGCUCAUAAGAAGAUCAAGGAAGACGAGGCCGAGGACGACAAGAAGACUAAUGGCGAUGCCGCUACAGACGCCAAGGCUGGAGCAGUUAAGAAUGAGGAAACCAAGGCGCCAGUGGAAGAAACAAAGACAGAAGACGAUGCUGAUAAGAUGGACACGGAAUAG